GUGGAUGGAGACGAGCAGCAGAAGGAAGCCUCACACCCGACUCACACACACCGAGCGAGCGCUGCUGCGAAAUGGCGGCCGCUUCUUCCAUGCAGCCGCCCACAGUCAGCGCCUUCAAGCGCCCUAAUUCCCCGGUACCAGACUCGGAGAGCCCCGAGAGCCAGGAGGAGGAAGACGGGGCUUCCGAGGACACCAUUCUGCGGGACAUGGCCGAGCUGGAGCCGGAUGAGAUUAAGAGGAGACUGGAGAAAACUCGCAGGGAGCUGAGCAACAGGAGGAAGAUCAUCAUCAAGAACCUGCCACAGGACGCCACCAGCCAGGAGGUUCAUGAUCUGCUGCGUGACUACGAGCUGAAGUACUGCUUCGUGGACCGGAACAAAGGGACAGCCUUCGUAACGCUCCUAAACGGCGACCAGGCUCAGGACGCCAUUCGUUCUCUCCACCAGAUGUCUGUGCGCUCUCGCACCAUCAGCGUCCAGUUGCAGCCCACCGACUCGCUGCUGUGCGUCACCAACCUGCCUCACACCCUCACGGCCUCGCACUUCCAGGAGCUGGUGCGCUCCUACGGCAACAUCGAGCGCAGCUUCCUGGUCUACAGCGAGCUGAGCGGACACUCCAAGGGCUACGGCUUCGUGGAGUACAUGAAGAAGGACUCGGCGUCCAGGGCGCGGGCCGAGCUGCUGGGGAAGGCGCGGGGCGAGAGGGCGCUCAUGGUGCAGUGGAGCGACGUCAACCAGCUCGCCACGUCCCGCCACCUUCACUCCAAGUGCCUGUGUGUGGAGCGGCUGCCCGCGGACUUCGAGAGUUCUGAGGAGCUGGCGCACGUCUUCUCGCGGAGCUACAAACCUGUCUUCUGUCAGCUGGCGCAGGACGAGGGCAGCCACGUACGAGGCUUCGCCGUGGUGGAGUACGAGACUGCCGAGCAGGCCGAGGCCGUGCUGCUGGACAUGGACCGACACCCCAUCCAAGGUCAGGAGAUCCGUCUGUCCCUGUGCAGCCCGGGGACGUCCGGCCGCAGCACCCUCGCCGCCCUCAUCGCUGCUCAGGGUGUGAUGCUGAGUAAUAGGAAAGGUUUGCUGCCUGAGCCUAAUCUGUCUCAGCUCCUCAACAGUAUGACCAAUCCUGCUGCUCUUCAGGUUCUUCUGAGACCAUACAACACUGGCAAACGGGGAGGGAAAUUUCGUGCUCAGGCUGUUCCUGUCUUCCGACCGCCGCUGACUGCCGCACUCCUUCAGCUUGGAAAAGCGCAGCAGAACGCCAUGCUGGGGAACGGGUUUGUUCUGCAGAACCUUCUUCACAUGCACAUGGCGCAGCAGCAGCUCCUGCACAUCAAGGACAAGCACGUCGCUAAUCUUCCUAGUCUGUUAGGAGACCCUUCCAGAUUACUUCUCCAUAAAGUCCUGUCCCUGAGAGGCGCUGCCCCGGUACCGCUGGUGAAAGGACGGAUGGGUGACUCUCCCAGCGCUGAGUCGUCUCAGGAUUCAGGCGUCUUCACCACGGACGGCUCUUGCUCAGGUCCAGCCGAUCAGAAUGGCGUGUCGGGUUCGUCCGCGGUCCUCGACAGACACCCUUCGCUGUCAGCGGGGUCGACCCACGCUCACUGCCAGAUACCAAACUCCAGCGCUGGAUUAGGCAAAGCGCAGAUAAUCCCAAAUAACUACGGAACCACCACAGAGAACAGCAGCGUUUGUACUACAUCCAGUUUCCAGACGUCUCUGCUGGGAGAACCACCUAAAGAGGUCAAACUGCCCUCCAACCCCUACCUGAACAUGGCCAGCGUGCUGCCUGGAGUCAUACUGCAAGCGACGUGCAGCAGCAGCAGCAGUAAAACCCAGACCGUGAGUGGGACCUACGCGCCAGUCGUGCCUCCGGCUGCCCUCCCGAGCACCCAGUACACCACGGAGUGCAACAGCACAGAGUACACACACCAGUACACCCAGCAAUACUCGCAGGAGGCCAUGCAGCAGUGGUACCAACAUUACCAGGCGCAGGGUUACGGUAACACAAACCAGGAGAGCACGACGGCGAGUGACUACAGCAAGGAACAGUCUCAGGCUGUGGUCACGUCCUCGUACGGGGACUACGCUUCGUACGUCCAGGCCUUCAGUCAGUACUACUCUCAGACUCAGAUGAGCCAAGCUGCUGCCCCAGCCUACCAGCAGAGAGAUCUCAGCAAGGAGCUGGAGGUGGUGAAGCAGCCCGUGGUGGCUCCUCUGUCUCUGAAUGGCACCGCCCAGCCCAUUCUGCCUGCCUACAGCGCGCUGCCAAUCAUGCCCGGCUUCAUCACGCCCACACACGCUCAGACUCACACGCCUGGCGCCGUUACACACUCACACAGCGCGCACAACGUGACCGACUGGAACCAGUAUUACUAUGCUCAGGCGCGAGGACAGAAGAGAGAAUAUCCAACACUGCCUGUACAGGAAGUGACAUCAGAGGGGCCUUACGUCGGCCAGCAUUCACAGGGUCUGGGCGGCCAGUACGCCGACUACUUCAAAAAGAAGAAGAUAUAGAAUUAAUGUAUUCAUACAUACGUACAGUGAGGUGAAACAAG